AAUUACUACUGGUGUGUAAAAUUAAUUAAUAACUUCACGUAAACAACUAUCACGUUGAAAUCCGCCAAACACGUUAAUAUAAUACCAAUCCUCAAUCGAGCUAAGAUGUCUAUAUUUAUGUCCUCGUAUUUGUUUAAUAUAAAGGUAUAAUAUGUAUGUAUUGACAUUGGUAUAAUCUGUUUUAUUUUAUACAUUAACAUGCGUUAACGGUAAACAUAACUUAUUUUAUGUUCUUUCGUAAAAAGUUGCGGUUUAACAGUACUACUCUGAUAAAGUGCUACUCUCCCCCACAGGUCACUCCACUUUUCAGUCCAGUAGCUAAUAAUUCAAACAAUUUUAUUUCUUUUUGCACACAGUGUUAACACUAAAUUAUUAAUAACUAUGCGUUAUUUGUUUUCAUUCGUCUGGUCACACUGUAUGGUAUUGAUUUUUUAAUAGGAACUUUAAACAUUGAGCGCUGAAAGUAGCAAUGACAUACUACUGAAAGAUUACUGGCGAAAGCAGGAUAUUGUCGGGAUGUGUAAAAUUGUAUAAAGCACCACCUUCAAUCUAUUUUCUAUUUGUGACACCGGGGCAGACAUCUACAAAGAGUACCCAAAGAAGGAAACCUACCAGACUAAGCAGAUUAUGUCGAAAUAAUUUUCAAAAUCCAGACCUCCUACUAAAAGAUAAAUGUCUAGGUAUCCGAAAAUCAUCAGCUGUGCCAACAACUGAAUGUAGUGCCAAAAUUCCAAUAUACAAGAAAAAAAUAAUCGCCAUUGUCAAUUAUUUGCUGAAAUAAAACUAGAGUAUUAAUUAAUUGAUGAAAAGAAACCAAAUUGCAUUAACAUGCUAUCAACUGUAAAAGAACCCGAAUGCAACGCUGAAGAAAUAGAAUAUGCUAGAAGUAAUACAACGGCUGAAGAUAACUAUACACAUAAAACAAUAAUAAAUUCAACUCUCGAAAAUGAUAAUUCUAAUAAACCAAAAUAUAAUAGAAAUAGUUUUAAAGAAGGUCUGCCAAUGCCUGACGAAGUCAAAAAGCUUGAAGAAUUGACUAGCACGAUUUUAUUUCAAUCAUUUUCCUGCAAAAUCUUUGAAAAAGUCAAAAAGAAGACAAAUAACACUAAAGAAAUUUAUUUAGAACAUUUUAAGUGUCUAAAUAAAGAAGUUGUACAGAUAAUUGCUAAAAAAGUCUUUAAUGAUGAUUGUCCAGGUAUUCGCGAGAGUGAUAAAGAAUAUUCUGAAGAAAAUUUGCAGAAUUCAAAAAUUGAUAUUAGUACCUUACGCACGAUUCAAUUCAUUCUUAAGUAAUCACAGAUAAAUAAACAUUUCAUUUUAUAAUUUUUAAGUGUUAAUAUUAUAUUAAGUUCAAGGCGUCUAAAGCGGAAGCUGUACUUUAUGUUUAA